CGACACGUAACCAGCAUUAUUAGCUAAGCCGCAUCCUGCCUAUAAAUUUUUGCAUGUCGAACUCUGGAGGGCGAUUUGCGCUUUACAGAAAUGCUCUCACCGCGAUUUCUGGGAGGACGGGAACACCACUCCCUUCUCUCAUAGUCUCCUUCGCCAUCGUUCAUGAAUUAACUGCCAUCAUUCCCAUGGUGGGGAUUUUUUACACGGCACGUAGUCUAGGAGCAGGCGAGCGCAUUGUCGGUGCUGUUGCUCUCAAUCGAGAUGGCUCCAUGGAUGAUCAGUCUUGGGUGAACACCCAGCUGAGCUCGUGGCUCGAUGAAGGCGAGCAGUGGGCUAGUCGUAUCGGACGUCGAUAUGGCAUUUUCGGCUUUGAGAAAGGCAAGCUUGUUGACCAGACCCAGAUGAGCGAGUUGUCUGGGAAGCUAGCGGGGGACGUCGCAAAUGCCGUUUUGGCUUAUGGUGCAGUCAAGGCGCUUGUACCCAUCCGCAUUGGUCUUUCAUUAUAUCUUUCUCCGAUGUUCUCUCGAGCAGUUGUAGAGCCGAAUUCUUCAUAAAAGGUUAUCUUUGAUACUGAUACAUGGGCGGUACAUUCUUGCUAGUAAUGAGCAUACCCUUGGUCACUUGUGAAAGUCGUGUUUUAAUGCGGAUAUCCUCUGCAUUCGAUCCUUUUUUCCCCCUCCCUUCCAGUCAAAUUGGCUCUUCAAAGAAUUGUUCCACCUUUGACGAUGCCUCAUUCCCUGGGAAGAGCCUUUCUGUCUCGUCUUCGUCUUGUGCUACAUGUGAUUUCAGUGGAGC